UUCAGGUUUUUUAAAAGUUGUAAAAAUUAUAAUUGAAAGUACUGGGAUCAUUGCUAUGAUAGCUCAAUAUUCUUACAUUAUAACAUAACCAUGGUUACCUUUAUUAACUGUUGAACUAUGGUUUUGAAGUGAUUUGUCAAAGAAAGUCAUGGAUUAAACGAGAGACAUAUAACAUAUAAGCUCGAAAUAAAACUUACAGAAAAAUACAAAGAAGAAAAAGAAGAAAAGAAAGAUAAGAAAGAAAAAGAAAGAAGAAUAAAAAAUGACCAGUGAAGUUAGACGGGCAAAAAAGGACGUGCUAGCGGACUUAGUUUCGGUUAAAUAUGACGUCAUGACGUGUAUUUCAUCAUCAUCGAUGCGGAAGGCGGUGCUCGUGGCGUCAGAAGAUGACGUCAGAUCUGAUAUGGAGAUGGUAGUCGGGAAACUCUACACACUGUUGAAGGCUGUACACGAGAAUGCGAAAUAUGAGCUCACACAAGAGUCGAAGGUUGUUAGAGAGAAAGUAAAUGAUGAGAUUAUAUUUCUAGAGGAGCUACAUAAAAGUCUUGACGAUAUGGAAACAUACGUGAAGGAAAAUGCCUCCACUACAAACAUGCGCCCCAUCAAGAUGGGAAAAGACAAAUGUGACGACGCCAGAGCCUCCAUAGAGCAGUUCAAGGCAAACGUGAAGACGUCUUGUGUGAAGUUUGUAUUGCAUCAAUUGUUGGCCGGCAUUCUGGAGCAGAUCGAAACAUUUGCACUCGGUAAAAUGCUAGUAAUGGACGCCGAACAUCAGAUAGGGAUGGCAGAAACCAUACACGAGGAACCGGACUUCAUUAACGAUGAUUUUGGCGAUGAUGACGUCAUUAUCAGGCCGCCGCGUAGGGAGCCGUCACAAGACCCAAUCAGGACGUCGUUUAUCAGGUCGAGUUCGUCUAAAUUGAUUAAACUUCCCGAAAGGAACGUUCAAGAAUCUCCUAGGCAACCGCCGCAGCUUCCACGAAAUUCGACUCUUUCUAAUAAAGGUGGACAUUCUGGGCUUUCCCGCCAAAAUUCAAAUGUUAACUUGCAACUGGGAAAUGCGAAAAUGCCGUCUCGCCGUAAUUCCCGUACAGAUAUGUCCGUAACAGCAAUGUCGCGGCAGAACUCUGUCACAGAAUCAACAGCAGGCAGUCUGGUGAGCCCCAGGGUCGAGAAACCUUCAAAAUUGAUUCCAAAACGUAAAAGGAAUGUCAGUAUGGACUCUAAGCUCAAUGGCAGUAAUUCCGAAGAACCUGAAUAUAGAACAAUAGCCGGUCUGCGAGCUACUAUCGCUCAGCGGUCAAGCUCUGCCCCGCUCAUCAAUCUUCCUUCAACAUCUAAAAGCGAUUUUAUGUCGUCCAUACCAGAAGAGAAAUCCAUAUUUCAGAUUGAGAACAACGAGACUCUGACGACAAAAAUGCACGCAACCGGAUGUUACAUCACUGGCGUCGCGGUGCUCCAGAACGGCUCAGUUGUACUAUGUGAUAAUAUGCACGACUCGCUUCAAUUGUAUGACUCUCAGCUUCAACCAGUGGCGGAAAUGGAGUGUGCACAUCCCUGGGGCGUCACUUCUGUUUCCGAGGCGGCAGUUGCCGUCAGCCUGCAUUACGAGCACAAACUGAUUCUUGUUAAAACACAGCAAGGUCUUGAAAAGAUCGUAGAUAAGGAUAUUGUUUUAAAAUGCAAGGCAUCUUUGACCUAUGACGUAAAGUUUUAUUCAUACAGGCUGUAUGUGUUAUGUUUCGACGGCGACAUACAUGUCGUGGACUUGAAAGGGAGAGAAUACAAAGUAAUAAAAACCGACAUGGGACUGAACUCCGCUCGUUACUUUGACAUAGACGUUGAUAACGAUAUUCUCGUAAUUGCGGGACAGAAAGGCGUCACAUGCACUUCAAAAGGAUUGCCAAUGUGGAACUUCAAAACCAGGAUCGGAAAGGCCAAAAUCGUUUGUACAGGCGUUCUCUUGCAUAAGGAACACGUGCUAGUGUGCGAUUGGGAGAAUUUCCGGAUCGCCGAGAUACAUGACGACGGACAGAAAAUGCGCACCGUUCAUGGGGAAGGGCUGGAGAGACCCGUGGCUCUCUGCUUGGCGCCAGCUGGGGACGCCCUGUACGUGACCCAGGGGGAUUAUGACAUGGAUCCGGAGAAAACUAGGACCGUCAGAGUUCUUAAAAUGCAGACAGUUGAAGAUUGAUUUUUAUGUGCCUUUAAAUCAUUUAGUAAUUUACGAAACAUGUUUCUAUCGACAUCACAUUUAUUUCAUGUUAUCUGCUUUUGACUAAUGUUUAUAAUCUAAUUGAAAAC